AUUGGCCUUAGCAACAACAGCACCGGCGGUCACCCGCAUCUCCAUCUCGGCCUCACCGCUGCCCUCUUCCCUCUUCAUCUCCCCCACCAUCAUCAACCUCCUCCCUAGGCUUCAUCAAAGUCUGUCUUCUCUGUUCCAAUUCCCUCGUUAGAUUGCUGACUGCAGAAAAGGUACCAUUAACUUCUCUUCCUGCCGCUGUAGAAUCAGAGACGGAGAGAGCUAAAAACUUGAUAGGCGUGCUUCCACCAGGAGUUCAAGAUAUCAUAAAUAUAGAAUCUUCAAAAUCAUAGUAACGAGGCGACGCAGCUUCUUGUCUUCCAGGAUUAGCAGUGGUGUUGUCAGAAGAAGGCGCUUUCAAGAGGCAGCAAGGCUCACCUGCAAUGAAAUCGCAAUAAGAAAUUAAGAGUAGAGUCGAGUCAAUCCCUAUUGCUAACUGAACGCAGGAAUUUGGAUGGAUGGUCUAUAUUGUUUGAGAAAUUGCAUUUGAUAGGCACACAUAUUCGACGAUAUGAAUCCUAGGUCAUUGCAAACGUUGGUUAUGGGAACUGGAGUCAUCUUGGGUGGGAUUCUUACUCUCAACCUGGCUUCUACUGUUACUCUCAGGACCCUUCAUCUUGUAUCUGAGAAAAAACGGAAAAAGGUUGCUUUGCCUUGCAUGGCUUGUAGAGGGAAGGGGUUUUAUAUAUGCAAUCUGUGCAAAGGAAAUUCCACCAUUGAAUGGUCCCCUUUGUAUGACCCUAUUGCCAUUAAUCCCUGCCUUUGUCCUACUUGCGAGGGAAAUAGGGUGCAACGCUGUCUAAACUGUCUAGGAAAGGGCUACGAUUGAUCCGUUUAGACAUGCUGCAUUGUUUUAUGUUCCAGUGGACGGUGAUUUUCUAAGUGAGUGACUUGCCUUUAACUUGAAAGUUUAUCCCUACUCAGUUACCUGUUGCCUAUUCCUAUGCCAUGAAGACUCUAUUUUGAUAUUUUCACUGUUUCUGUUUAAGGAUUAAGGAA